AUGGGUUGUGGAUCAUCGUAACCAGCAGCUGAACCUGAUAAAAUAUCCAAAUCUUUGAAAAGUGCCAGUACAUCAGAAAUAGAAGACUUGAUUGGCAAAAAAAUACCAAAAGUAUAUUGUAGAUAAAAUAGAUAAGUUACUAAUAUAAUCAGAAAUGAAACAUCGAUUUACAGCUGAUGAAGACGCAAUAAAAAAGUAACCAUAUUAAAUAAAAACAUUAGUGAUUUAAUUUAAAUGCAAUCUCCAUAGGAAAAUGAGAAUGUUGUUGCAAGAGCUUAAAAAAAGAUAUAAAAAAAAUAUAGAGGAGGAGAGGAUGUAGAAGGUUAGAUUAUUGAAAAUGUGAAAAGAGUUGAAAGAGAAAUGCAAUGUAUAAAAAAUUUAUAACUUUAAUUUUUUAGAAAGUGAUGUGGAUUUAAUAAUAAAAAGUUUUAAAAGCCAUUUUGUAUUUUUUAGUCUUCCUUAAGAUUCAUUAUAAAAAUUAAUAGAUAAGAUGUUUUAUUGUACAAUAAAAGCAGGAGAAUAUGUUUUUGAAUAAGGAAAUUAGGUUAAUAUAAUAAUUUGAUUUAGUAGGCUAGUGCAUAUUUUGUUAUUGAAAGAGGAUAGGUUUAAAUUAUAAUUAAUGAGAAUCCUAUAAGAGUACUUCAAUAAGGGGAUUAAUUUGGUGAAAUUGCAUUACUCUAUAAUGCCACUAGAUCUGCCUCAACAAAAGCACUUACAAAUUGUGGAUUUUGGUCUUUAGAAAGAGCUACUUUUAGAAAGACAAUUGAAGAAAUUACUUUAAAAGAAUAUGAUGAAAACAGAAAGUUUAUAGAUUAAGUAUUUAUUGACAAAUUUAUUAGGUUAAUUUCUUUUCUUUUAUGACAUCUGAAUAAAGAGAUAUGAUAGGACAUGCUUUGAUUACUACCAAAUUCAAUCCUGGGUAGAAUAUUGUAAAUGAAGGAGAUUAAGCAGAUUCAUUUUAUGUUAUAAAAACUGGAUAGGUAUAAAUAUUGAAAGGAGACAAAUUAAUUAGAAAAAUGGGUGCAAAAGAUAGCUUUGGGUAAAUAUAAUAAUAUAAUCUAUUUUUAGUGAAUAAGCUCUAUAUGAGAAAUCAGUUAGAGGGGCUACAGUUAAGGCAGAAACAGAAGUUAGAUGUGUGGCAUUGGGUAGAGAGAAUUUAAGUAAAAUAUUGGGUGAUAAAAUAUAAUUGAUAAUUUUCAAUAAUAUAAUGAGAUGGAGUUUUGAAAAAAGUGAGAUACUAAAAUAAUUAACAAAAAUUUAAUUAGAAAAAAUCUCUUAAAAGGCAAAAAUUGAAAAUUUUAAAAAAGGUUAAGUAAUCUUUGAAGCUAAUAAACCUUGUGAUAGAUUAGUUGUAGUUUUGGAAGGUGUAUUGAUAAAUUCCAAAUAAGAAUCAAUUAGUAAAGGUUCUUGUUUUGGUGAUCAAUUUUUAUAAAAGGAACUCUAUGGUUCCCUUCUUGAAUGUGCUUUUACUAUGGUAGGAGAUGGAGUAUUAGCAACAAUUACCUAUUAAGCUUUAUUUAAGAUAUUUGGAGGAGACUUAGAAACUGCUUUGAAAAAAAAUGAAAAUUCUCAUGAAAAGAAAAUAUAAUAGAUUGGUAAGAGGGAAGAUGCUUCACAUAUUGUUGUAGAAGAUUUAAUUUAUAUAAAGAAAUUAGGAGAAGGACAAUUUGGAAGUGUAUAUUUGGUAAAACACAAAGAAAUAAAUAAGGUUUUUGCUUUAAAAAGUGUAAGUAAAGCAUCAAUAAUUGAAUAAAAUUUAGAGAAACAUAUCACACAAGAGAAAACAGUAUUAGAAUAGAUAAAUUUUCCAUUUAUUAUGGGUUUUGUCAGAACAUUCAAAGAUGAUAUGUCUAUUUAUUUUUUGGUUGACUUCAUUAGAGGAAUGGAAUUAUUUGAUGUAAUAAGAGAUAUAGGAUUGUUAUCAAAGCCAGAAACAUAAUUUUAUAUUGGUACAAUGAUUCUUUGUAUAGAAUACUUACAUUCUAAGAGUAUUGUAUACAGAGAUUUGAAACCAGAAAAUAUUAUGGUAAAUGCUCAGGGAUUUAUGUAUUUAAUUGAUUUGGGAACUGCUAAACCUCUAUUAAAAAUAAAAGCAUGCCGAACAUAUACAAUUAUUGGGACUCCACAUUAUAUGGCUCCUGAGAUAAUUGCAGGAAAAGGUUAUACUUUUAAUGUUGAUUUAUGGAGUAUUGGAAUUUGUAUGUAUGAAUUCAUGUGUGGAGGAGUACCUUUUGGUGAAGAAUUAGAUGAUCCAUAUUAAAUAUAUGAAGAAAUUAUGAAUACUUAGAUUAAAUAUCCAACAUUCCUUAAAGAUAGAUAUGCCAAGAAAUUUAUGGAGUAAUUAAUGAGCAGAUAACCAGAAACUAGAUUAGGAGCAUCUUAUUCAGCAUUGAAAGCUCAUUAAUGGUUUGAUGACUUUGAUUUCGAUAAAUUGUUUAGUAGAGAACUAAAGCCUCCAGUAUUUUGUUUAAUAAUGCUUUUAGUAUUUGCCUAAGGCAGAAAAUAUGGUAUCAGAACAUGAUAUUUAAAAGAGAUUCAAUUAGAAAAAAUUGGUUGUUCAUGAAAUUAAACAUGAAUAAGAUACUCACAAAAUCAAAUAUAAUAAGCAUCUUGCUAAAGAUCCUAAUUGGGAUAAAGACUUUUGA